CUACGCCAUCUUCUCAGUCAGUUGCAAGCAGUAUGUCAGUCUGAAGUCAAGCAGCUAGCAACACAGACUUCAGCUUCAGACACUCAGGGGAGCUUUUAACGCUCCACUCAGCAGUUUUAUGUGUAGAAAUAGGUCAGCGACCUGUUUACCAUGGACUACUCUCGUUUGAAAUGUUUAAGUGUGCCGCGAUAGCUCACUUUGACGUCCGCUCCUCGCUGUAGUCGGGCUAACGUACAGUAACAGUAGUAAACAUUAAUGGAUGAGUACGUAAACAUAAAGCGUUAGCUAACGCGAGGAAGUCUACCUUUUGUCUCUACAAGCCUUCUGUGGCAGGAUGAUCUCCCAGGUUUUCAUCUUGUCCUCUAAAGGCGACCACCUCAUCUAUAAAGACUUCCGUGGAGAAGCAGGAAGUGACGUCCAGAAUAUUUUCUAUGAGAAGGUCACAGCACUGACUGGAGACCAGCCUCCUGUCGUCAUGAAUCACAAAGAUCUUCACUUCGUCCAUGUGAGACAGGGAGGACUGUACUGGGUCGCCACGACCACAGCUGACUCCUCCCCUUUCACCAUCAUCGAGUUCCUCAACAGGUUAGCAGCUCUGGUUAAAGAUUACUGUGGCAGCCUUUCUGAGCAGUCAGUGCAGAUGAACUUUGCUCUCAUCUAUGAGCUGCUGGACGAGGUCGUGGAUUAUGGCUACAUCCAGACGAUGUCCUCUGACAUCCUGAAGAAUUUCAUCCAGACUGAAGCUGUCUCCUCCAGACCGUUCAGCCUGUUUGACCUCAGUAAUGUCGGUUUGUUUGGAGCAGAAACACAACAAAGUAAAGUGGCUCCGAGCUCUGCAGCCACCAGACCCAUCCAGUCAAGCAGAGAGCAGGGAGGGAAGAGCGAGAUAUUUGUGGACGUGAUUGAGAGGAUGUCGGUCGUCAUUGGCUCCAAUGGGGUUUUGAUGAAGGCUGACGUCGAGGGAGAGAUCAGAGUCAAGUGCUACAUGCCGAGCUGCUCAGAAAUGAGAAUCGGUCUGAAUGAAGAAUUGAGCAUUGGCAAAUCACAGCUGAGAGGUUACGGCGCUGCUGUUCGCGUUGACGAGUGCAGCUUCCACCAGGCGGUCCGACUGGACGAGUUCGACAGCCACCGCAUCCUCCGACUCUGUCCCAGCCAGGGAGAGCAAACAGUGAUGCAGUACCAGCUGAGUGACGACCUGCCUUCAGCUCCUCCUUUCCGCCUCUUCCCAGCCAUCGAGAGAGACGGCGGAGGAAGACUGCUGAUGUACCUGAAGCUUCGCUGUGAUCUGCCACCAAAGAGCACUGCCAUCAAUGUCUGUGCCACCAUCUCCGUUCCCAAAGGCUCUGUGAGUUUGUCACAGGAGCUCAGCAGUCCGGACCAGAGCGCUGAGCUGAAGCUGCAGAGCAGAGCCGUCCACUGGCAGAUCCCUCGUUUCCCCGGAGGGACGCAGCUGUCUGCUCUGUUCAAGCUGGAGGUCCCCGGCCUCAGCUCGGCCUCCAUGUUGGAGGUCGGUCCAGUCGCACUGAGCUUCGAGCUGCCCAAACUCACCGUCACGGGGCUACAGAUCCGCUUCCUGCGCCUGUCGCCCGUGCAGCCUGGCCCGUCGCAGCGCUGGGUCCGCUACGUCACCCACUCUGACUCCUACACCAUCCGGGUUUGACUUGAGCCUGAUUAGUCAGCCUCAUGAUGAAGCAGCAGAUCCAAAGCCAACACUGGAGCUCUGUGGCACACGAGGAGCUCUGAGGGGCACACAACACCUGCCAGCCAGUCUGAGUCUGAACAGGAAGUAAUGCAGUUCAGUUGAGUGUUUCUCAGCUCUGAACCUUCCCUCUCACAUAUGUCAUCUUUGUGUGACCUUUUUCACUCAGGCUUCACUUCUGCCUUUAAAAAGCUGAGCUUUGACGUUUAAAACAGCAGCUUAAGUGCACGCAGAUCAGAUAUCAUCAGUUGAGUCAACAGGAAGCUCCAAAAGCAGAAAUUCACUUUGAACGCUGGUGAGAAGAUUCUCAUUUUUGCUUAUUAAAUACAGUCAUUUUUGCCCAACGACACGUUUCACUUCUCUUUUAGGACCCGUGCUUG